AGUACAUAUUGCUUUGGACACCAGAGUUCUUAUCCGUUCCUCAAUUUUGGAACAGGACAAAUCGUAUUUAUUAGGAACAAGUGUGAGUUUACAAAUUGUUAUGCGACUGCUGACAGACGAUAUUUCAAGGGAGACCUCACAAAAUUCGUCGCCAUAGCUUUUAAUGGAAGAAACUUGAGAUACGUAAACGCAUUAGAGCUGCCCCAGCAAAGAUCGCCUCGUCAGAAAUACAUCUUCUACAACGCAGAGUCUUCUACGAACCAACCGAUCUGCAACCCUUGGUGGGACUACUUUUUCAACUGGACAUCCACUUACAAGCUGAACUCUGAUGUAAUGUACUCGUAUAUUUAUAUAAGGGAUAUGAAUAGCGUACACGUUGGACCUAGAAUAGACAUGGACUGGGUUAAAGAUAUGAAAGAGAUUGACGACACGUUAAAAGAGAAGUUAAAGAGUAAGAAAAAGGCGGCAGCUUGGUUUGUAUCUCACUGCAUCACUAGAAGUAAGAGAGAAACAUAUGUGAAGUCACUUCAGAAGGGGUUGGAACCUUAUGGGUUGACCGUAGACAUAUACGGACAGUGUGGUACGUUAGUUUGCGGUUGGUAUGAGAAAAAUAAGUGUUGGGCUAUGGUAUCAUCUGAUUAUUACUUCUAUCUUUCCUUUGAGAAUGCCUUCGCGGAGGACUACGUGACAGAGAAGUUGCUGACCGCGUUGAAUAAUGACGCAGUGCCGAUUGUGCUAGGAGGAUCGAACUACACCAGGUUUGUCCCUCCCGGCUCCUACAUCGACGCCCGCCACUACGAGCCAGAAUCCCUGGCCCACGUCAUGGCGGACAUCAUAGCCAACCCGAGCAAGUACCACGAGUUCUUCCGAUGGCGGAACCACUACAAGUACUCGGAGUCGGUACAAAAAGAGGACGUGUGCAACUUGUGCUCGGCGCUCAAUGAUAAGAAUAUGGUGACGAUGGAGUCCACGUAUCCGCAUUUCAGGAGUUGGUGGAAUCCGGACUGGGAAGAGAGAUGUCAAGAUGACAGUUGGGGUACUUGA